AUGGCUUCAACCACAGCGGCCAUACGCUUCAUGAUAGGCAAGGGGACAAAGCAAGGCCAAGGCUCCAUCCACAUCGCUUGCCAUGUGAGGCCAGGGGGAAGCUCUAAGCGGGAGGGAAUCACGGCGGUGACAGCGGAGAGUAUUGAGCUCUGCGUUGCUGCCCAGGCCAAGGAAGGCGAAGCGAAUAAGGCAGUUCGAGAGCUUAUUGCGGAGGUCCUGAACGUGCCCAAGUCGAAUGUGGAGAUCGCCAAGGGCAUGAAGUCGAGAGACAAGACUGUAGUCGUACGUUCGAUGCCUGCUGCCAAAGACGCCGACGAACACGUCGAGAAAGCGAGGAACGCCUUACAGAACGCUGUUGCUAGAUGA